AUGCCAGCCCUAUUCCCUAUCAGCUUUGCCGCCAUCGUCGCCCUGGUCGGCAUGACGACCGCUGAUGAUCCCUUCUCGUUCUGCAAAGACAACAAAUGUGAGGACUGCCCAGUGUCGAUCACAAGUAUGGGGACGGGAUUCCCCAACUGUGUGAUCUACAAUAGCGAGGAUGUCUUUGCAAAUCAGAACUUCCCGGGCUCUGUAGGCGGUGGUAUUCAUGCCUUCCUUGACGUCAACGAACCAAAUCCAGGGUGUCGGGUUAUCGUCAAGUCACCGGCGAAUACGGACGAGGUGGGUUGUGGCAAGAUUGUAGCCUCGUUCGCCAUGCCAGUGUGCGCCGUCUUGGACCUUGAGAAGAGCUUCAUGGUCCAGUAUUGUUGCGGUGAGGGGGACUGCCAUGCGGCGGGAGCUCAGAGAUUCAUGUCUGCCAAAUUUAUGAGGAACGAAGCGACCCAGAUGAAAGAAGUAGCGAUCUCUGGGGGCCUCUUCGGCUUUUUGAUCAGCGACCAAAACGGGAACAUUAUCGAACCGGCCCAAGUUGGGCCCCCACCCCAGGUUCGCGAGGCCCGUUCGAGCUCUGAAACAGGCAUUGGUGAAGACUCCUCGUGCGACAAGGACUCUUGGGUUCCCGAUGCUGGCAGAGAAAGCUACAUUCGUCCUGCAGACGGAGCCCAGAGAGUCGCGACAGGAGUCACUGGACCUCAGAAGGUGACCAUAUCGAAGGCGCGUAGCCAGAGUUGGACUACCACUCUAGGCGCCGACUUUGGGUUUUCGGACAUCCUCACCCUCGGAGUUCACUUUGAGACAUCGUUCACAGAGACCAUCACGACCAGCAAGGAGCGGACAUGGGACGUCCCCGCAGGUCAGUCGGGAGAUGUUGGCUUUACGCCAAAACUCCGUUGCUCCACUGGCCACGGCACCUGCAACGGACAGACCGUGUCUGGUGAAGUCUGUACGCCAUACAUGGACGGCGAUGAGCUAGCAGGUGAGUAUAGCGUUAUCGUCACCAGCUAG